CUAUGAUGAACCUGACAGAAGUUCAUGGCGGGAGCCUUUUUAAUGAAGCAAAUGCAUCUGACAAUGUCACCCUGGCCACCCUGAACAUACAGGGACCAAUAAACAAGACCGUCAAUAUACUGACUGUCCUCAACCUUUUUAUCACCAUGCUAUCCCUGGGCUGCACGAUGGAGAUUUUCAAAAUUAAGGCCUAUCUCUUCAAGCCAAAAGGAGUAGCCAUUGCCCUGCUGUCCCAGUUCUGCAUCAUGCCCAUUACCGCUUUCAGUCUUGCCAAAAUCCUGCAGAUGGAGCCCAUAAAGGCAGUGACCGUGCUUAUCUGUGGGUGCUGUCCCGGGGGAACCUUAUCAAACAUUUUUUCUCUUGUUGUGAAAGGCGACAUGAACCUCAGCAUUGUGAUGACCACUUGCUCCAACAUUGCAGCCCUGGGUCUGAUGCCUUUGCUGCUGUAUAUCUUCUCUCAAGGCUUCACUGGAUUGGAAAAUGCCGUGCCGUACGCCGGCAUCCUCACCGCUCUUGCUUUCACCCUGGUGCCUUGUGCUUUUGGCAUCGCCAUUAAUCACUUCAAACCGCAGUGACGGUCAAAAAAGUGAGAC